CGAUCCCUAGCCCAGAUUCGGGCAACCGGGAGAUGAGGGCAGCUUAGCCCCAAAAGGAUUUGUUGUGUUCACCUUAAUAAGAGUGAAAUUGUGUUAUUUAUAGUUGGACAUUUAGGUACUUAUUAUAAUGGGGAAUGUGAAAAUUAUAUGGGCUCUCUUCGUGGCGUUCAUGUUUUUACGAACAACUGCGGAAGCGCGUGUUCGAAAAGCAAAACUAACUCCACAAACUGCCGGAAUACAAAAUCCUCCUGGACAAGGAAAUUACAACGAUUAUGAAGAAUAUGAGGAUUAUAAUUAUGAAGAAUACGACGAAAAGAAAGGACAACCACCUGACGAACGACCAAAGCCUCGUCCCGUGCCUACUACCACACAACGGUAUGAACAGCCUCCCGAUGAAGUACCAGAACCCAUACCUACAGUUCCAGUACCUGUUCCUGUUCCAACUACAACUAUAAAACCAACCCCAUCGCCAGAUUGUCAACAGGACGGGCAAGUUUACCGUGACGGACAAAAAUGGAAAUCAAGCGCUUGUACUACUUGUACCUGUUAUGUAGGACAGAUUUCUUGCCAGACAGAUCCAAAUUGUGGAAAACCACCAGUUACAAAGCCUCCUACAAAACCACCAGUGACAACAUCAUAUGAAGCUUCCCCAACUGAUUCGUUUCCUGGCCCAAUAGGCGACCUUGGUUAUCCAGGUGUACCUGGUUAUCCUGGUGAUAUCGGCGAACCAGGUUACCCUGGCAUGCCUGGAGCACCUGGCCCACCUGGACCUCCCGGUCCGUCACCAGAUCUAUCUCACUACUAUGCACAGAUGUCACAAUCUCAGGCUGGACAAGAUAAAGGACCGUCGUAUCCCGAAUCAUUCCAUUUUAUGCAGGCGCAAGUAGGACCUGUCGGUGCCCGUGGCGUACCAGGGCCACCAGGUCCCAUUGGUCCCCAGGGAUUUCAAGGUGCGCGGGGUGACGUGGGAGAACAAGGUCCUCCCGGUCCAUCAGGUAUGCCAGGAGCUCGUGGAUUGCCAGGAUUACCCGGAAAAGAUGGAGAAAAUGGAGAAGAUGGUGAAGCUGGAGCUAUUGGAGCGGCAGGUCCAAUUGGUCCUAGAGGCUUACCGGGAAUGCCUGGUUUGCCAGGUGUAAAAGGCCAUAGAGGUUUCCCCGGGUUAGAUGGCGCGAAGGGAGAGCAAGGUCAGGGAGGUGAAAAAGGAAGCGCAGGUCCCGCCGGACCUAUUGGUCCACAUGGCGCUAUUGGAAACGCAGGACCUCGCGGUGAGCGUGGUAGGGAAGGUCCACCAGGUCCUCCUGGUUUAAGAGGAGUCGAUGGGAUUCCUGGACCACCGGGACAACCAGGCGCAAUUGGCAAAUCCGGUGCACCUGGAUUCCCUGGUAGUGCUGGAAACAAGGGUGAUCAAGGAGCUUACGGUCCCAAAGGUAGUCAAGGAUUGCAAGGACCACGGGGUGAACCAGGCCGACCUGGCCAACCUGGAGAAUCAGGACAACCUGGUCCAGCUGGAAAAGAUGGAUACCCUGGAGAAAAGGGUAUUCCCGGAUCUGCUGGGUUAGCUGGAGCACCUGGUUUCCCUGGAGCACGGGGUGCACCCGGUGUGGCUGGUAGUCCAGGAGAAGUUGGUCCCAAAGGUCUUCCCGGAAUGCCUGGAGAACGUGGUUAUAAGGGUGAAGGUGGUAUGAAAGGAGAAGGCGGUGCAGCAGGAGCAAGAGGUGCUCCAGGACCGUCUGGUGCCGAAGGUAAACGGGGCAAACGAGGAAUGCGAGGUCCAACGGGACCAAGUGGUGCUGCAGGUGAACGGGGCGCUUCUGGUGCUAGAGGUUUACCAGGACCAGAUGGAGCCAUCGGUCCUAAAGGACCGCCCGGUGACCGUGGCGGUGUUGGCGCACAGGGAGCGAAAGGUCCUCAAGGAGAUAUUGGUAGACCUGGAUUGCCCGGAAUGCAAGGGGAGAGAGGUUUAGCAGGAAAAACCGGACCUCCUGGUAAAACAGGAAAUGCCGGUGAACGUGGUCCGCCUGGUGCUGAUGGCAAGGCCGGUGAGCAAGGUGUACAAGGAAUACAAGGAUUGCCGGGUCCAAUAGGUGCUCCCGGAGAGAAAGGACCUGCGGGAGAGUCAGGAAAAGAUGGCGAACCUGGCGCACAUGGAGCAAUAGGACCGCGUGGUGAUCCAGGAAAAGACGGUGCUAUUGGCCACCCGGGACCUCCAGGACCAUCUGGGCACGAUGGUGAACGAGGACAACCCGGUUCUCCUGGACCACGAGGUUUCCAAGGUUUACCUGGUGCUCCUGGAAAUGCUGGUUUACAAGGUAAGGAUGGUGACGUUGGUAUGCCUGGACCACCUGGUCCUCCGGGAGCCGCUGGAAACAGAGGCGAAAGAGGUUUCCCGGGUGAAAGAGGAGGAGUUGGAUUACCCGGACCAUCGGGCGCACGAGGAGAAACAGGAGGACAAGGAAGCGACGGACCACCUGGUCCACAAGGACCUAUUGGUGAAAAAGGGCAUAGCGGUUUACCUGGUUUAGUUGGACUUCCCGGUUUACGGGGACCUACUGGCCCUCAAGGUGAUAAAGGUGAAAGAGGAUCUUACGGCGCACCCGGUCCCGAAGGACCUGCUGGAAGAUUAGGAGAAAGAGGUCCACCGGGACCCGUCGGCCCUCAAGGGGCUCAUGGGGAAUCUGGGGAGAGGGGCGAACCUGGCGCACAGGGUGUACCAGGUGAACAUGGUGCUGCAGGAUCUCCCGGUGAACGAGGAAGCAUAGGACCUCCUGGUGCACAAGGAUUCCCUGGACCACAAGGUUUGGUCGGGCUUCCCGGCGGUAAAGGAGAGCGAGGGGCUGGAGGUGCUAAAGGUUCUCAAGGAAACCCAGGUCACGCCGGCAAACCUGGAGACUCUGGACCACCUGGAUUAACUGGUUUAACGGGACCAAAAGGAAUGCGAGGAGAGCCUGGUGCUAGAGGAGAAGGUGGUCUAAUGGGCGCCCCAGGUCGGCCAGGAGAACCUGGUGCUGCAGGACAUCAAGGAAGUCCUGGACCUGCAGGACCUCAAGGAUUACCUGGAAUAAAAGGUAGUAGUGGUGAUGUUGGGCGAGCAGGAAGUCCAGGAGCACAAGGAUUGCCGGGGCCACCCGGAUUAGAUGGAGCUAAAGGUGACACUGGACACGAGGGUUCUCCAGGUCUCCAUGGUCCACCAGGACCAUCAGGGGCUGCGGGAGAAAGAGGUUUACCUGGUCUUCCGGGACCACCAGGACCGGCUGGACUUCGUGGACUUCGAGGACCUGCGGGCGAAACAGGACCUGCUGGAAAAGCAGGAAAUGAAGGCGCACCUGGUAUGAUGGGUUUAAUGGGACCAGUAGGAUUGCCUGGCGCACAUGGAGAGCAGGGACCUGAAGGGCCACCUGGUAAAGCUGGACCUCCAGGAUUAGCUGGUAGACCCGGUGACAAAGGUCCUGUAGGACCGGCAGGUCAAGCAGGAUCUAUUGGUCCUACUGGAUUACCAGGCCCACCUGGCUCUGCAGGAAGUCCCGGAGCCGCUGGAGAGCGAGGUCCUCGGGGCGAAACUGGACCAAUGGGUGUGGAGGGUCCCCAAGGAGCAAGAGGCAAAUCUGGUGCUCCCGGUGAAGCAGGAUCGAAGGGAGAUCGGGGUGAUAUGGGACCUAUGGGGAUGAAAGGUCACAGAGGUCUAAUUGGUUUACAAGGAAUGCCAGGGUUACCCGGUGUUGCUGGGGAAAGAGGAGGUAUUGGUUCUCCUGGAUUACCCGGAAAAGAUGGUGAUACCGGUCCAAGAGGCACCCCUGGCAGAGAUGGAAACCCCGGUGCCCAAGGCUUAUCGGGGCUGCCGGGAGAAAGAGGUUUAUCUGGUGAAAAUGGUCGCCCCGGUCCUCCUGGUCCACCAGGACCUCCUGGUCUUCCUGGACCUCCCGGAGAAGGUAUGGGAUACGAUGCGGCUGCAUUAGCGGCAUUACUUGGGCAAGGGCCUCAAAGCCAAAAGGGACCGGAUCCAAUGGAUGACGAGCCGAUUCGCAUUUUCGGAAAAGAAAUGACAGACGAAGAGAGAAGGGAAUUAGUUGUUAAGGCUUAUGAACAAUUGAAAUCCUCAUUUGAACGUUUCAAGAAGCCAAACGGCCAAAAAUCUUCUCCCGGAAAAACAUGCAGAGACAUAGCUGCCGCAUAUCCCGAUUCCGAAAGCGGCGAAUACUGGGUCGAUCCCAACGACGGUGAUAUUCGAGAUUCUAUACUGGUUUAUUGCGACAUGAAAAAACGCGCAACUUGUCUUCUUCCCAAACCUGACAGAUCCUCCGAAAUUUCAUACAAAGGACACGAACAAGAAGUAUGGUUAAGCGAAAUGGAAAACGGUAUGAAGUUAACAUACAAAGCGGAUAACAAUCAAAUCACAUUCUUACAAUUAUUAUCUACACAAGCCCAACAAACCAUCACGUAUCACUGCAAGAAUAGUGUAGCAUAUUACGAUGAGCAGAAAAAAACGCAUCGCAAGGGAGUCAAGCUUUUGAGCUGGAAUGACGUUGAACUAACACCGCGAGGAAAUCAAAGACUACGAUACGAAGUACCAGUAGAUGAAUGCAAGUCUCGACAAAACACUUGGGCCAGAACAGUAUUAACGUACACUUCAGAUAAAGCUACUCGACUACCAAUUGCAGACAUUGCGGUUAGAGAUAUCGGUCAACCUGAUCAAGCAUUCUGGGUUGAAAUUGGACCGGUAUGCUUUAGCUAAAUCCUUCCAGAUAUAUUACACAUGAACCACUGUACAACCACAUACCAGAAACUGCCAUGCGUGUUCAAUCAAAUACCUAAUAUCUCAAAGUGUUUCUUUAGUCAGCCAUGGAAAUACUCUACAAUUCCUAAAUAUGGUGCUAUGAUAUUGAAUGUAAAUUUUAGAGAAUAAAUCCGCUAAAAUGUGA